UGGAGUAGUGGCCUCGUCCUCGGUGUUUCUCUUCUCCUCUGAACGCCGCCCGGCUGCCUCGGGCCCGCGGUCUUGAGACCGAGCACCAUGCCUUCGAUAAAGUUGCAGAGUUCUGAUGGAGAGAUAUUUGAAGUUGACGUAGAAAUUGUCAAACAAUCUGUGACCAUCAAGACCAUGCUGGAAGAUUUAGGAAUGGAUGAUGAGGGAGAUGAUGAUCCUGUUCCUUUACCAAAUGUUAAUGCAGCAAUUCUAAAAAAGGUCAUUCAGUGGUGCACCCAUCACAAGGAUGACCCCCCUCCUCCUGAAGAUGAUGAGAACAAAGAAAAGCGGACAGAUGAUAUUCCUGUUUGGGACCAAGAAUUCCUGAAAGUUGACCAAGGAACACUUUUUGAACUUAUUCUGGCUGCAAACUACUUAGACAUUAAAGGUUUGCUUGAUGUCACAUGCAAGACUGUGGCCAAUAUGAUUAAGGGGAAAACUCCUGAGGAGAUUCGUAAAACCUUCAAUAUCAAAAACGACUUUACUGAAGAGGAAGAGGCCCAGGUACGCAAAGAGAACCAGUGGUGUGAAGAGAAGUGAAGUGCUGUGCCUGACACUGUAACACUAGAAGGGUUGUUCCAAAUGCUAGUUGCACUGCUCUGUUUAUAAUUGUUAAUAUUAGAGAACAGUAGACAAACGCAGCCUUGUCCUCACUGCAUGUGUAGUUCCAGUACAGAUCUGACCUAUGGCUGAGUUUCUUCUAUGAGCAGAAGUUUCUUUCUUUCUUUUUUUUUUUUCUUUUCAUUACUCUGAAUAAAACUGAACUUUGGGUUCUCUGUGGAAAGUGGCAUUUUGGGCUUUCCCUCUCUCUGUAAAGUGAUUUCUGCCUAAUUCAUUGUCCAUUUAACUUCAGUGAGCCUUUCAAAGUUGGCAUUGUAAAUAAAACAACAUAUGAGAAGUAUUCUGAACUAGAA